AUGCAGAAGUAUCUGCCGAUAAAUAGUGUACAUUUGAGGUAUUGUCCGGGUGAGUUGGAAGACAUGGUUAGUCUUCACGCCGGAACAGUGCAUCAAUCGGAAAUGCUCGUCGUUCUCGCUUUCGGUUGCCGCUCCCAAGUGUCAUCCAGACAUCAGCAAUAUACUGUAGGCCAGUAUGAUCAUCUCGCAUUCGGCGACUUUGCACCGCAGCUGGGAGACGAAUCGAGUCGGCAUCGCGAGCACGAUAAGACGACCUCCAAGCCGCUCGCAACAUUCCACUUGAACAGUCUUGCCCGCCUCGCCGGUUUGGACGAGAGUGAGAGUUCGUCCGUCGAAUAUACUUUCAGUAACAACAUCCUGCAGCAGCCGAUAUUUCCUGCGUCCAAGAACUGUUCAAGUCGUAUCUUAAUUUGGUACACCAAAGCAAAGGGUGUCGAGCAAGGCCACAACAUUUUGCAGACACGUGGCCCUACCAGCAGCCGGAAACAUCACGCAGAGGCUGAAAGUGCUCAGCUUCUUUCAGCACUGUGGCCAGUCGCACGGAUUUUAGACGCGUUCUGUGAUCUGGGAAACACAAUAAACUAUACCUUCAGCAAAAGUCAUGUCUCUGUAAUGGACAAAAGACGUAGCAAAGAGUCUCCUAAUCAGUGGGCAUGUCAAUGCUCGCCAAGCGUGAGUCGCUCUAUAAGCGAUGUAUGGGUCUCACAUGGACCUGCCACAGGAGAUGGCUGUGUGGUGAGGUGCCAUGAAAUUGGGCGGAUGCUAAUCUGCAUAUAUGACGACGCCUGCAAAACUACGACUUGGCACGUGAACAUUGCUCUUGAUCGAAACAAGCUGAUCGAAACAAGCUGUCCGCGGGCAAAGAUGUACUUGACAUCGCUGAAUGUCGCAUCGAUCUCCAUAUUCUUUCUACAUGUCGCUCAUCGUUGGAGGUCAGUCACUCGUGUGAAUUUCCAACGAUACAAUGCUAAUCACGACGCAGGCGGCACUGCUGGCCUCGUGCUGAGCAACCGACUUAGCGAAUCCGGAAAGCACACCGUAAUCACCUUCGAAGCUGGAGGGCCACCGACCAACGCAGCUGCAUACAGGACUGCCGUAUUAUCAGAGAUAGAAAGGAUGCAUUCGUGUCUGGUCAAUGAUGAAAGACCUGAUGCGUUUCAGUUUCAACCACUUCGGAUUGUCGGAAAAACAACGACAGCAGUCUUUCUGCCGGAUCUGAUCUUCCUGCCGCGCAUCGACCGACUCAGACAAAGGGCAAUCAUUUUGAACAUCGACAUUCCCGCCGGUGCAUAUCUCGUGAAAGGUCUCGCGGAUCACCACAAAACGCCUGACUCGUUCAGCGCGUCUGCAUUGGAAUUUAACCUCUUGCCAAGACAAUUCAAGUUUAGAGCGCACCAAGAUUUGACAUCUCCAAGAUAUUUUGGGUCUGGAUCUUGA